AUGGGACCUUCUAACAAUACACAAUUCCAUCCCACUUCUUUCCUGCUGCUGGGAAUUCCAGGACUGGAAGAUGUUCACAUCUGGAUUGGCUUCCCCUUUUGUGCUGUGUAUUUGAUUGCUCUUGUAGGGAACGUGACUAUCCUGUUUGUAAUACAUACUGAAAGGAGCCUCCACCAGCCCAUGUUCUACUUCUUGGCUAUGCUGGCUUCCAUUGACCUAGGCCUAUCCACUGCCACUAUUCCCAAGAUGCUGGGCAUAUUCUGGUUUAACUUGAAGGAGAUCAUGUUUGGUGCCUGCAUCACCCAAAUGUAUGCCAUACAUAUGUGCACUGGCCUAGAAUCUGUGGUGCUCACAGUCAUGGCCAUUGACCGCUUUGUGGCCAUCUGCAAUCCUCUAAGAUAUACCAUGAUCCUCACCAACAAAGUGGUGGCCAAUUUGGGAAUAAUGAUUAUAGUGAGAUCUUUAGUUUUUGUGACACCAUUCAUAUUUCUUGUCCUGAGGCUUCCAUUCUGUGGUGCCCGAAUCAUUCCCCACACCUAUUGCGAGCACAUGGGCCUAGCUCGUCUGGCCUGUACAAGUAUUAAGAUCAACAUUGUUUAUGGUCUUGUGGCUUUCUCCGUAGGGUAUUUAGACCUUAUUGUGAUUGGUUUUUCCUAUAUUCAAAUCCUAAGGACUGUUUUCUGCCUCCCCUCUCAUGAUGCCAGAAUCAAAGCCCUCAGCACUUGUGGCUCCCAUGUAUGUGUCAUGUUGGCCUUCUACACUCCAGCCCUCUUUUCUUUUAUGACCCACCGGUUUGGCCACAACAUCCCUGGUUAUAUCCACAUCAUUCUAGCUAAUCUGUAUGUUAUUGUCCCACCUGCCCUCAACCCUGUCAUCUAUGGGGUCCGGACAAAGCAGAUCCGAGAGCGAGUGCUAAGGAUCUUUAAUCCCAAAAUUUCUUAA